AUUGAAGGGAGAAUUAUAGAGGCUGCUGAAACACCAACUCCUCCAAACCCCUCUGGCCAGUGUCCCAUCUGUCGCUGGAACCUGAAGCAUAAGUACGAUUAUGUGGAUGUCUUGCUGCUGAGCCAGUUUAUCCGUUCUGAUGGAGGGAUGCUGCCACGAAGGAUCACAGGCCUCUGUUUGGAGGAGCACAAGAAGAUUGCUGUCUGUGUGCAGAUGGCUCACCGUGCAGGUUUGUUGCCAAACCACAGGCCUCCACUUCCUGAAGGGCAUAUUCCCAAAAAACCCAAGCUCAACAGGUAUCUGACCCGCUGGUCCAUCAGAUCUGCAAAGCCCAUCUGGAAGAGGGGCCCUAAGUGGUGCAAAAAACCCAUGCCAGUCGGACACCCUUUGCUGAAGGAUAAUGUCAAAUAUACACACAAGCCUCUCUAUUUAAACCACUAGUGGCCAGAACUGGCAUAGUCAGUAAGCACAGCUGUUUUCCACUGUUCUGCUUUUUUGGCAAGUUUGUCAGUAUCUCCAAUUUUCUUAUUCCAAAACUGUCAUUAGUACUUUAUAUUGCCUCCAAUGAAUGAGCUGUGAUCUGCUCCUCUAGGAGAAUGCAACUUCAGCAAAGUUCAGAAUGAUUUGGAGAAAGCAGGGGGCAAAGACUUUUACCUCAAAGCCAGAAAGGAUCUGAAGGCUUUUGUUUCAUUAUGGUCCACGACUGGGUUUGGAAAAGGAUGUUUCCUUCUUUUUCCAGCAGUGAAUGGUGAUUCCCCAUUAAUGUGUGUUUCAACUCAGAUUUGCCUCAUUUGGGCUUUUGUACCUGUGAUACUGAUUGAAGAAAAAGACUCCUGCAGCACUAUGUUUCCUUGGCAGUAACAGAAAUUGUUAAUGACUACUGAAAUUAAUUUUUUUUGUAAUCUACUACACAUAAUUUGCAGCAGAACACCUGUGGCAGUGGCGGUCAGGCGUGUGUGUGUAUUACAUGUCCCCUUAAGGAUUCCUGGCUUGUGCUUCACUCUUGGAUCUAGCAAAUACAGAAUGUUGACACCCUUGAUGACUUGGCCUGGUUUUUUCCCCUUGCAAAUACAUUUGCCAUAAGUCUUC